UGGCUGCGCGGCUCUCGGCAGCCGCAGCCGGACCGCAGGGCGCCGCGGCGGGUGCGCGGCCUGUGAGGCGGCCGGAGCGGCGUCCUGUCAGGCGGCGAGGGCGCGGCGGACGGCGCCGCGAUGAUGCCGAUGAUAUUAACCGUGUUCUUGAGCAACAACGAGCAGAUUUUAACAGAAGUUCCUAUAACACCAGAAACCACCUGUCGAGAUGUUGUAGAAUUCUGCAAGGAACCUGGAGAGGGUAGUUGCCACCUGGCUGAAGUAUGGAGAGGAAGUGAACGCCCCAUCCCCUAUGACCACAUGAUGUAUGACCACCUGCAGAAGUGGGGCCCUCGAAGGGAAGAAGUGAAAUUUUUUCUUCGACAUGAGGACUCUCCAGCUGAGAGCAGUGAACAAGGUGGCCGUCAGACCCAAGAGCAGAGAACUCAGAGAAAUGUAAUAAAUGUACCUGGGGAAAAGCGCACUGAGGAUGGGGUUGGAAAUCCACGCGUUGAACUCACCCUCUCAGAACUUCAAGAUAUGGCAGCCAGGCAACAGCAGCAAAUUGAAAAUCAGCAGCAAAUGUUGGUUGCCAAGGAACAGCGUUUACACUUUCUAAAGCAGCAGGAGCGUCGCCAGCAGCAGUCUGUCUCUGAAAACGAAAAGCUUCAGAAACUGAAAGAGCGAGUUGAAGCCCAGGAAAACAAGCUGAAAAAGAUCCGUGCCAUGAGAGGACAAGUUGACUACAGCAAAAUUAUGAACGGCAAUCUGUCUGCUGAGAUAGAAAGAUUCAGUGCCAUGUUCCAGGAAAAGAAGCAGGAAGUUCAGACUGCAAUCUUACGAGUUGAUCAGCUUAGUCAGCAACUAGAAGAUUUAAAGAAAGGAAAACUGAAUGGGUUCCAGUCAUACAAUGGCAAGUUGACAGGACCAGCAGCGGUGGAGUUAAAACGGCUAUACCAAGAGCUACAGAUUCGUAACCAGCUUAACCAGGAACAGAAUUCUAAGCUCCAGCAGCAGAAGGAGCUCUUGAAUAAGCGCAACAUGGAGGUGGCCAUGAUGGAUAAGCGGAUCAGCGAGCUGCGUGAACGCCUGUAUGGCAAGAAAAUCCAGCUGAACCGUGUGAACGGCACAUCGUCGCCGCAGUCACCCCUGAGCACAUCUGGUCGGGUUGCUGCUGUGGGUCCUUACAUCCAGGUCCCCAGCGCUGGGGGAUUUCCUCUUCCUGGGGACCCUGUAAAGCCCCAGUCUCUAAGCAUUGCCUCAAGUGCUGCCCACGGAAGAUCCAAAUCUGCUAAUGAUGGAAACUGGCCGACAUUAAAGCAGAAUUCUGCUUCAGCCAAGUCAACUCAGAUGGCUGGUGGAGACUGGAAGGACUCAGCCAUGGAGGGGGCCCUAAAGCAAGGUGCCAUCUCAAGCCAGCCUUUGCCCUUGUCAGCACUGGGAGCUACAGAAAAGCUGGGCAUCGAGAUUGGCAAAGGGCCACCUCCCACCCCUGGGGUAGGCAAGCCACUGCCCCCAAGUUAUGGAACAUAUCCAAGUCCUGUGCCCCUGGGCCCAGGGUCAACAAGCUCCCUGGAGAGGAGGAAAGAAGGCAGCUUGCCCAGACCUGGUGCAGGCCCAAGUCGGCAGAAACCCGCCCCACCACCCCCAGCAGGCAGCGCUCCCCAACCUGGCUCCUCACAGCAGAUUCAACAGAGAAUCUCAGUGCCACCAAGUCCCACAUACCCACCAGCGGGGCCACCUGCCUUUCCAACUGGAGAUGGAAAACCUGAGCUUCCACUGACCGUGGCCAUUAGGCCUUUUCUGGCUGAUAAGGGGUCAAGGCCACAGUCUCCCAGGAAGGGACCUCAGACAGUAAAUUCAAGUUCCAUAUACUCCAUGUACCUCCAGCAAGCCACACCACCUAAGAAUUACCAGCCACCAGCGCAUGGCGCCUUAAAUAAGUCAGUUAAAGCAGUGUAUGGUAAGCCGGUCCUCCCGUCAGGAUCAGCAUCUCCGUCACCCUUGCCAUUUCUCCAUGGGUCCCUGGGCCCAGGCGCUACACAGGCCCCGCCUCCUUCAGAGUGCACUGAGAAAGAGCCAGAACAGGAAGGUCCCCCUGUACCUGGAGAAGGCAGCACUGUGGAAACCCUGCCACGGCCACUGAGUCCCACCAAACUCACACCCAUUGUGCACUCACCACUUCGUUACCAGAGUGAUGCGGACCUGGAGGCUCUCCGCAGGAAGCUGGCCAAUGCACCCCGGCCCCUGAAGAAGCGCAGCUCUAUCACAGAGCCGGAGGGCCCUGGAGGACCCAACAUCCAAAAGUUGCUGUAUCAACGCUUUAACACCCUGGCUGGUGGCAUGGAGGGUACCCCUUUCUACCAGCCCAGCCCUUCACAGGACUUUGUGGGCACCUUGGCAGAUGUGGACAAUGGAAAUACCAAUGCCAAUGGCAACUUAGAUGAGGCUCUCCCUCCUCGGCCCACAGCCCCAGUUCCUGAUGAGCUUGCCCCAUCCUCAGAUGCCAACGAUAAUGAGUUACCCUCCCCAGAGCCAGAGGAGCUCAUUUGCCCCCAAACGGCUCAUCAAACUGCUGAGCCUGCUGAGGACAACAACAACAAUGUGGCCACAGUACCUUGCACAGAGCACAUCCCAAGUCCUGUGGCUGAGGCUCCUUCAGAAGAGGGACAAGUCCCUCCAGUACCACUCUCCCCCGCCACCCACCCUCCGGCAACAUCUGCGAGCAAACGAACCAACCUGAAAAAGCCUAACUCUGAACGGACAGGGCAUGGGCUGAGAGUGCGCUUCAAUCCCCUGGCACUGCUUCUAGAUGCUUCCUUGGAAGGCGAGUUUGAUCUGGUGCAGAGGAUCAUCUAUGAGGUGGAAGACCCUAGCAAACCCAACGAUGAAGGCAUCACCCCCCUACACAAUGCUGUCUGUGCUGGCCACCAUCACAUCGUGAAGUUUCUGCUGGACUUUGGUGUCAAUGUAAAUGCUGCUGACAGUGAUGGAUGGACACCGCUGCACUGUGCUGCGUCUUGCAACAGUGUCCACCUCUGCAAGCAGCUGGUGGAGAGUGGAGCCGCUAUCUUUGCCUCCACCAUCAGUGACAUUGAGACUGCUGCAGACAAGUGUGAAGAGAUGGAAGAGGGUUACAUCCAGUGUUCUCAGUUUCUAUAUGGGGUACAAGAGAAGCUGGGAGUGAUGAACAAAGGCACUGUGUAUGCUCUGUGGGACUAUGAGGCCCAGAACAACGAUGAGCUGUCCUUCCAUGAAGGGGACGCCAUCACCAUCCUGAGGCGCAAAGAUGAAAAUGAGACUGAGUGGUGGUGGGCUCGUCUUGGGGACCGGGAGGGCUAUGUGCCCAAAAACUUGCUGGGGUUGUAUCCACGGAUCAAGCCCCGGCAGCGAACCCUUGCCUGAACUUCUCCUGGAGUAGUACACACACAGUGUCAUUAGCUCCCAGGAGCUACUGGAGAGGUUCCAGCUGCCCCGGGAAAACCGAAGCUAGGACAGUCUCAUGGUGCUCACUUUAGCAGACAGUAUCCACAAUGUGAACCCCAGCUUCCAGGUGAGGCCCUUCUCCAGUGCGUACUUUGACCUUCAGAGGACUGCAUUUUUGCUAAUUACUGUAAAUCCAAAUAAAUACCCAGCUUCCAAGGCACCCACCCACCCCUGUUGCCAGUGAGAAGUCCUGAAACUAUGAACCCUGCCAGUUGCCAAUGAAGAUAAAGCUCUGACUGACUUGGCCGGAAGGUCCCUUCCCAUGUGUGACGUCUCUGAUCAGCAGAAGUAAGCGGCUGCAAGUUGGCGCUGGCUGCAGCCCUACCGUCCUUGGAAAGUCUCAGAACCAUUCUUCCUCACAUUCCCGCUCACAACAUUUUCUUUCACUACCAAAGGAGCCUGUUUGGAAACUGUCCUGUUUAAUUAACAUGACAACCUCAUGCUGUGGUGGGACUUGCAUGCCUCAGCACACAGGGUCAUCUGAUUCCUACAGCUUUUAGUGUCAUCUUUAGCCCCUUUGUGGCCGGAGUUCAUUCUGUCGUGAGUACAGUUAGCCACAGGAGUCUGGGCAAGGCCCAGGGCAGGAAAGCCACCAGGCAGACUGGGAUGUAUUGCAAGUGAGUCAAGCUCUUUUUAUACACCAAGAUUAUUUUUCAGCUAGGCCAUUGAAAACUACCAGAAUUGUAUUGGAAAUUUUUCUUCCUUGUUGAAAAACAAGCCCUGAGGCUUGUGAGGCUUGUGCAUAACUACAUGUGAAUCCGUGUAUAGGCUUUGGGGCAGUGCUGUACUCAGCUGCCCAUUAGUGACUGUACAGGGUGGCGCUGAGCUGUGACCACUGACUCUGUGUGACAUGCACAAUAAACUGUUGUCUCACACCUA